AUGACGGAUAUUACUAGUGCUCUUCCGGUAACGGACUUGAGUCAUGUACACCACGGUACCAUGCUAGCAAAAUUCGAUGCUUUAGUGGUUAGAGGCCUUGUUAUCUACAGCCCGUCAAAAAUAGUGAGGUUAGAAGACGCGGGUUUUCACUGUGAAUUCCGGAUCAACCAAGGCUUACAGGCAAAACCACAGCUCGGAGAGCCUUUACAUCAGUCCAGCCAGAGCCAUACCUUUGGACCAGGAAGCGAUCUGGCCCUUUUGCAUCCGGAUUUAGUGCUGGCCAAUAUCAACGACACCCAUUUGCUUGUCGCCAAUCUCUACUGUGUAUUUCGCCCGCAGCUGCUGCUUUUGACUAAGGACACCUACCAACGCCAACACGAGCCUCUUGACGCGGACGACCUUGGCGCUGCGCAGGCUGUGCUCGUGGCUGCCAAACACCCAUAUUACGCUAUGUUUAACUGUUCCGCUAUGUCUGGAGCUAGUCGCGAGCACAAGCACAUGCAUAUUCUUCCGCUUGAGAGUGACGGUGGGAUGCCGUCGCUCGAGACAAGAAUAGAAACAUUUCCUUUUCAAUCCUUUCGCAGUCCUUUGGAGGGUGCCAACCCGGACGAACUAUUACACGUUUAUAACAGACUAUUAGUGGACACGAGAGAGGCGCUCAAACUGUCCCCCGGCGUCGUAUGUCCACACAAUGUGAUUCUCACACUGGAAUGGCUCAUGCUUAUUCCACGUCAAUCGAACGACUUUCAUGGGGUUACCAGUAAUGGGGCGGGAAUGAUCGGCUCUGUUUGGUUACAGAAUGAGGCUCAAUUGGACAAAUGGAGACAAUUUGGACCGAAAAACGUCCUGUCUCACCUAGGGAUUGCCAAGGUUUAA